AUGUCAUUGUGCGAAAUGGGCUACACAAAAAUCCUAUCCGAAAGACUCUCAUUCCCUUUCUUGCACCUUCGUUCCACUCUUAUAUACCUCGAAACCUCCUUCCCUCACGACCUCUCGCCCUACUUGCACUGGGAACCCUCCCCCUCGCUCCCCUUCCCCCCUUCGUUUCGCUCAGUCACAAUGGACUUCCGCACGUCGCCGCUCCGCGAUUACACAGACGCUGAACUCAUGGCACUCCCUGCUGACUCUCGCCUCAUUUUCGCAGACGACCUGGCAGAUGGUGUCGUCACCUACGAUAUCACCAGCCCACCCGCGUACGAUCCACAAAGGCGACGCAUCAUUAGGAGUCUCCCACCCGUCUCUCGCUUGAGGUUAAAGACAGCCCUUAAACGCGUGGGCGCACUGCGCUGCAUUUCUCAUGGCCUCUCCGCUUUCUCUUUGUACCCCACUACGGACAUGCAGUAUAACGUCAACAAAUUCCUGUGGCAAGCCGCCAACAAAUCUUCAUUCAGGGCAAAUGCUGCAGCCGCGCUAUUCAAUCGCAAUGUCUUCAUCGUCAGCAUGCCCGCUUCCCUCUUCGAUUUCCUUACAUCGGUUACCUGGGAGCAGUUCGAGCGCGCUUUACUGUUUCUCCUAGUCAACCUGGCCAAUGAUGAGGUCGCCCUGGACACCCUCCGCACCGAGCUCGCACCAGCACUAGCACGCCGCCUGACAGACUCCGUUCUGGAGGAAGUCGCCGAGUCAUGUGAUGUCGUCACUUUUAAACUCUUGAUGGACCAUGUCCUGGAUCGCGUCGUCUGGAUGGGUCCGUGGAUCGUACCUACCACUCUCUGUUACCUGUCCGCCUCCGAUAUGACCGAGCUGCUCGCACGCAGAUUUCAACGUCCCAUCUUCUCGACCCCGGAAAAGUUUGAGCUGAUCCAUUCCAUGAUGUGGAAUAUGUAUCGCGACUGGCAAACAUAUAAGCACAUUCUCAUCACCCUCGGCGGCCUAUCUCAGCUAGAUGCCUUGCAAGUCAUGGCUGGCGUUAUAGCCAAAGGAAGGCAGACCGAUGCCGAACAGAGCAUUGAUACCUUAAUGCAGUCUGUAUCAACAUCAGAAGGCUCCAAUUUGCUCUCAGGCCUCCCAGCAGACAUUAUACUAUCUGCCAUCUUGCCAAAGGUCUGUCAAGGAUACGCAUCCGAAGACUCGAUGACAAAACGAAACCCAUCGGCAAUCAUUGCGGAAGCCAUUCCCGAAGACCCUCCAUCCCCCGUUGCAGCACCCUUUUCGCUUAAAAGUUGGGUUUUGGAGGAUCAAACUUUGCAGCAAUUCUAUACCAAAUACCAAGACGAAAAUGAGGACCAAGAACCAGUGAGUGGUUUUGUUCCUCUCAGCUCAGAAAGUAACGAAGAAGGGCUGCAUGUGCAUGUCGUGAAUGUGCUGGAAAUAACACCGGAGCCUGAAUUACUCGCCACGAAUCCUAUACCUGAAGCAUCUGUCGUGUCCUUCCCGAACAUUGUAGACGGAAUUGUAGAAGUAGAAAACGAGGAUGAUGCUGACGGUAGCAAUACUUUGGGAGGAAGGUGUAGCCCACGAACUCAGAGGCGGCGAUUGAAUGAGCAAGGGUCAUUUCAGAUCGUGACAGGUGUUGGUGACCACCCCUGCGGUUACACGCUCUGCCCUUGUGAUCUUCUCGUGCAGCCCCUCAACUGUGGACAUCGCCUCCAUGUCUUCAAUCCGGUAGAAUCCAGCGUCCGCCGCAUCAUCCAUAGCAACUGGCUCCUUGAUAUCCGUUUGAUAUCCAACAAACACAUGCAACUUCCAAACUGGAUUUCUCCCGACAGAGAUGACUGUGGAAUCGACCGGGUUCGGUAG